AUGGAAUAUCAAACCCCUGCAAAACCUCGCGCUCGCUACAUAUCCGUUCGUGAUCCCGAGUGUACCUAUGCAAUCCAAUGUCUUGUCGACGCCGUCCGUCUCUAUCCUCGCCGAAACAGUAACCAGUUCUCUAAAGAAUGUCUAGAGCUUGCAGCUGCACGCUGGCGCCAAUGGCAGGAGGCCAACCACCGACCUGUAGACGCUAGUGUCCCGCUUAUCCGAUCCCACUAUCACAAUAAAAUGAAUGAGUUUGCAACUUGGCGCAAGCGGGCUCAGAACCCAGAUAACAAGGUCGUUGGCGAUCGGGUCUUUUUUAAAGACUCGCACGGCCGUUACCGUUCAGCAAAACGGCUUCCUGAAGAGCUCGAGAUUCUCAUCAAUGAGCUCCACAAAUCCCUCCCACGUCCAGGCUACAAGAAGAAAAAAAUGACGCAGGAAGAAGCCCAACGGAUCCAAGAAGAAACAAAGGAAAAAACAUGGAGUCAACGCAGUUUGACUUUGCAAUUCCCAACCUCAGCUACCGUUGUCGGUACUCGAGCUGAAUCUCUUCCGUUUCAAAGCGUUCCGGCACAUCCGGAGACCUUCUACUCGGCUCUCAUGAGCGAUGUAGCCCAGGCGGCUCCUAGCUCAUCAACAUCUUCUUCUUCAUCAUCCUCAACAUCAUCUUCUUUUAAUAGCUCUUCACAAGAAUCUAUUGGAUUCACACAUGAUGCAACAAUCCACCCACUUUCUGCAAAAAGAUACUUCCAACAUUACGCAACAAACAAUCAACAGCACCGUGACAUGACUGCUCCCAUGGUCAUGCCAGUUACCUCGUCUCCGGCUUUUGGCUCGGUAACACACAUCAACACAGCAGUAGCGGCCGCUGGCCCGGUCACUCCGCCAUCGUCGUCUCCUCCCAUGGGCUCGGCUAGUGUGUCGCCGGUUCCUGGGUACGAUAGUACCGCACAAUUACCACAGUCACAACCACCAUAUGGGUACUCUGCACCAACGUAUUCAACUGUCACACCACCACCUCCUACUAGUUAUAGCACACUUCCCGGUGUUUAUGGCCAUUUACCUAGUUAUAGCCAUCUUGCUGGGUAUGCCCAUGCUUCGGAACAUGGGACUUAUGCGGGAUAUGUUCCUAGCGCGUGA